AUGGUAAGCUCCAGUUGCUGCCAGAUUCUCACCAUUUGCUUUAUGAUUUUCCUUUUGUGCUCAGCCUGCGGCGGAUACAGUGACCUUCACGCACUGUUGAAACUCAAGUCCGCCAUGAUUGGACCCAAAGGUUCAGGCCUCGAGGACUGGAACACUUGGUCGUUGUCUCCCUCAUCUCACUGCUCCUUCUCCGGAGUUUCGUGCGACCGCGACUUCCGAGUGGUUGCUCUCAACGUCUCCAAUCAGCCUCUAUUAGGCACUCUUCCGCCGGAGAUUGGGCUCCUCAACAAGCUCGUCAACCUCACAAUCGCCGGAGACAACAUCACAGGGAGGCUUCCAAUGCAGAUGGCCAACCUCACCGCUCUCAGGCACUUGAACAUCUCCAACAACGUCUUCAGGGGCAGAUUCCCCGGCAAUAUCACGCUCCAAAUGACGGAGCUCCAAGUUCUCGACGCCUACAACAACAACUUCACGGGCACACUUCCUCUGGAGAUCGUCAAUCUCAAAAAUCUCAAACAUCUCCAACUAGGCGGGAACUACUUCACCGGCAACAUCCCCGAGACUUACUCGGAGAUGCAGAGCUUGGAGCAUUUAGGCCUCAACGGCAACUGGCUCACCGGAAAGUUCCCGGCGAGCUUGGCUCGUUUGAAAAAUCUCAAGGAAAUGUACGUCGGCUACUAUAACAGUUACGACGGCGGAAUUCCGCCGGAGUUGGGAUCGUUGAGCUCUCUGCAGGUCCUCGACAUGGCCAGCUGUAACCUCAGCGGCACUAUACCCACCAAUCUCAGCCUUUUGAAGAAUUUGAACUCUCUGUUUUUACAGGUAAAUCGUCUCAGCGGCGGCAUACCUCCGGAACUAUCUGGCUUGGUCAGCCUCAUGUCUUUGGAUCUCUCCAUCAACGAUCUCACCGGAGAGAUACCCCAGAGCUUCUCAGAGCUCAAGAACAUCACGCUUAUCAAUUUGUACAAGAACAAUCUCUACGGCCCAAUUCCCAGGUUCGUCGGUGAUUUUCCUCAUCUGGAGGUGCUUCAGGUUUGGGAGAACAACUUCACGUUCGAGCUGCCGGAGAACCUCGGCCGGAACGGAAGGCUCAAGGACCUCGAUAUCACCGGAAACCACAUCACCGGCUUGAUUCCUCGGGAUUUGUGCAAAGGAGGGCAGUUGAAGACGGCGAUUCUGAUGGAUAACCACUUCUUCGGGCCCAUUCCUGAGGAACUCGGCCGGUGCAAAUCGCUCGUCAAAAUUCGAAUGAUGAAAAACACUCUCACUGGAACUAUUCCUGCUGGCAUUUUCAGUUUGCCCAAUGUAAGUAUGAUCGAGCUAAGUGAUAACUACUUGUCUGGCCAACUUCCAGAGCAAAUGUCUGGGGGCUUACUUGGAAUUCUCACUCUUUCUCGGAAUCGGAUUUCCGGGAAAAUACCGCCGGCGAUUGGAAAUCUCAAGAGUUUGCAAACUCUUUCCCUGGAGAUGAACAGAUUUUCCGGUGAAAUUCCGACGGAGAUAUUUGAUCUGAAGUCGUUGUCGAAGAUCAAUAUCAGCGACAACAACCUCAGCAGUGAAAUUCCGGCUUCAAUUUCUCAGUGUUCCUCUCUAGCCUUCGCUGAUCUUAGUCGAAACAAUCUGAUUGGGGAAAUUCCGAGAGGCAUCUACAAGCUGAGAGUCCUGAGCAUUCUCAAUUUGUCUAGCAACCAACUCACGGGCGAAAUUCCCAAUGAAAUUCGCAACAUGACCAGCCUCACAACGCUCGAUCUCUCCGAUAACAACUUCAUCGGCAAAAUCCCAAUCGGCGGUCAGUUUAUGGUCUUCAACGACACGUCGUUUGCUGGAAACCCGUAUCUCUGUUCCCCGCAGCGCCACGUCCAGUGCCCGUCGUUUCCACACCACAAGGCGUUUGGUUCGUCCAGGAUCGCUCUUGUCGUAAUUGGACUCGCUACGGUUCUGCUAUUCUUGUUUAUCACCGUGUAUAGAAUGAGAAGGAGAGAGAUGCAGAAAUCUAGGGCUUGGAGGCUCACCGCCUUCCAACGGCUCGAUUUCAAAGCAGAGGACGUGCUGGAGUGUUUGAAGGAAGAGAACAUCAUAGGCAAAGGCGGUGCUGGGAUUGUGUACCGCGGGUCCAUGCCAGACGGCGUUGACGUGGCAAUCAAACGGCUAGUGGGGCGGGGCACCGGACGUAACUGUAACGAUCACGGUUUUUCGGCGGAAAUAAAAACGCUGGGACGAAUCAGGCACCGAAAUAUCGUGAGGCUGUUGGGGUACGUGUCGAACAAGGACACGAAUUUGCUGUUGUACGAGUACAUGCCAAAUGGGAGCUUGGGGGAGCUGUUGCAUGGGUCAAAGGGAGGGCAUUUGCAGUGGGAGAGGAGGUACAGGAUAGCUGUGGAGGCAGCCAAGGGAUUGUGUUACCUCCACCAUGACUGCUCACCUCUGAUUAUACACAGGGAUGUCAAGUCCAAUAACAUAUUGCUGGACUCUGACUUUGAGGCCCAUGUUGCCGAUUUUGGGCUCGCUAAGUUCUUGCAAGAUGCUGGUGCUUCCGAGUGCAUGUCUUCCAUUGCUGGUUCCUAUGGCUACAUAGCCCCAGAGUACGCUUACACACUGAAGGUGGACGAGAAAAGCGACGUGUACAGCUUCGGUGUGGUUCUGCUGGAGCUAAUAGCCGGGAGGAAGCCGGUGGGUGAAUUCGGAGACGGGGUGGACAUAGUAAGGUGGGUGAGGAAAACAACAUCAGAACUGUCUCAGCCGUCGGAUGCCGCAUCAGUACUGGCAGUGGUGGAUGCAAGGCUGUGUGGGUACCCACUGGCAGGGGUGAUACACUUGUUCAAGAUUGCCAUGAUGUGCGUGGAGGAUGAGAGCUCCGCAAGACCUACAAUGAGGGAAGUGGUUCACAUGCUCACUAAUCCUCCACGCUCUGCUCCAAGCCUUCCCAACCUUUAG